GACAAGAAAUUAUUGCUCUUAACAGGUGCCACCAAUGACUAUAGCAUAGUAAUUAGUUUGACGUCAAGAAUAUGGAAUGUCCACGUGAAGCUACAAAUGGCAACACGAUUCUGCUAAUCGAGUAGCAGAGUAAUCCUCUGCUAAUUUUGACUUCCAAUUGUCUUACAAACAUAAGGCUAUAUGCUCUAUAGUGUGUGUGAUAUGAAAAUCAUACUGUAAUCAUGAAAAGGGGACACGAUUAGGGCCAGUAGAAUUGAUUUAUUUUUAUUCAGAUUAAAAGAAAAGUCGUGCAAAAAGGAUUUCUUCCAGAGGUUAUUGGUGGUGCCAGUAGUGUAGAGCAAACCAUUAGUCUGUAAAGUGAAGUCAUGAUUGCAUUGAAGCCUUUUAACAUUGCCUUCAACAAUGUCUCCACACACAGGUGGCCAACGUAUGGUACACAGUACCUACAACAGACACACGGGAGCUGUACGGUGUGAAGACUGUGACUGGGACACCAAAAAUGUCUUGACAGAAUCAGCUGUCGACUGUGGGAUCACGAGACCGAACACGCUAAGGAGCACAGCUGGCACAUCAACGACACAGACGUCUGUAGACCUCACCAUGUACAUCGGUGCCUCAAUGGACAACACCGCCAAGGUGCUUAUGGGAGGUGAGCAGGAGACCAUGGGCGUGACCACAGCUUCCACCAGCAUUGGCAAGUUUGAAGCCGGGUUCUUCCACGCUGUGUACAAAGAGGAGUUUGACAGAAGUCAAAGGUCAUUUUGGUCCCAUCAACUGUGUGGCUUUCCACUCUGACGACAAGAGAUAGCUAUGGAGGAGAAGACAGCAGCUUGGACUCUGCCAGGUAGAGUGAAGGAGAAACUUUAUUUGAAGCAGAUCACUUGUUUGCUGGACUUGUGAGUAUUUUACUUAAACUUUUCAGCCUUUGCACUUUUGACAGAUACUUAACACUUACUUUUUUUGCAACAGUGACUUUUUCAGAGGGAAAAAACAACUUUACUUUUUUUGGGGGGGGGAGGGGGCAUUGUACUUUUAUUGUGAUCAGUAUUAAACUUAACUGUUUUAAACCUUCCAGAAUAAGCACCUGAAGAAGCCUCUCAAGGUAAAGAGAGAAAAAAAAAAGUUUUACUUUUUUUUUUAUGUAAAAAUUAAUUGUGCCUUAAUGCUAUUGUCACUUUCAUUGUGAGCUGUAUUUGACUGUUGUAAACCUUCCAGAAUAAAGAAAGUUGUUGGA